GCUGAGAAGCAGAAGAUCUUGGCACAAUUGGCCGAUAUUUUCGAUCGCCAGAAUUUCAUGUUGGUGGCAAGCCGUGCGCUGAUGGCAUUCGGGGCGCCGCUGCACCGGCUCGAAGCCAAUCUGAUUACGAUAGCGCUGCAUCCUGGACGUCGAAGCAUCGGUAGCUGUCCUGCCAGGCAUCAUCCUGAUCAGCUUCGGCGACAAGGACACACGGUCGUCAGGAGACACAUAUCGUGCGGAUGGCCACCGGCUACGAUAUGCACCGGCUGGAGCGCACGAACCGCUGUAUCAGACGCGUGCUGAAGAACCGGAUUUCGGUUGGCAAGGGCGUCAGGAACAUCGAGAGGAUCCUGGCCACCCCUCCUCUGUACCCGUGGUGGCUGAUGCUGCUUGUCUUUAUUGCCUCGUCGUUCUUCAUCAGCCCGCUAUUCUGGAACGGCCAGUGGGCGGAUGCCGGGGCAAGCGCCAUGAUGGGUCUGAUUGUCGGGCUCCUGCAGCUGCUUGCUGGCCGCUUCUCCAACUACGCCAACCUGUUCGAGGUGUCGUCGGCCUUUAUUAUCGGAUUCGUUGCGUCGCUGAUGCAAGACAAGAUCUGCUUUGGCGUUGUUUCCUUUGCAGGCAUCUGCCAGCUCCUGCCUGGCCUGGGUCUGACCCUGUCAAUUAUCGAGAUGGCCUCCAAGAACAUGAUUUCGGGCACUGUGCGCUUUGUCUAUGCCAUGUGCCAAUGCUUCUUGCUGGGCUACGGCAUCUCUGUCGGCUCUACGAUGGGCACACGUGUGCGCGGCUUCCAAAACAGCCCCGUGGACUCGGUUGUGUCGUCAAUGAACGGGCUCGGCAACUGCAGUACUGGGCUCAGCAAGCUCUGGUGGUUCCUGUUCCUGCCGAUGCUCGCCAUUACGUUCAACAUGAGCAUCUCGGCGCACUGGCGCCAGCAGCCCAUCAUGGUCAUGGCCGGCGCCGUCGGGUACACCGUGUCGUAUUUUGCGGGCAAGAGCAGUGCGCUGACCGACAUUGCCCCAGCCAUCGGCGCCUUUGCCAUGGGCCUGUUUUCCAACGUCCUGGCGUCGUUCUCAAACCACAGAUCGGCCAUUGAGCCGAUUCUUGGCGGUGUGCAGCUCCUGGUGCCUGGGUCGCUCGGGCUGAGGACUGUGCUGGCGUUUAUCUCGUCCUCUGGGUCGAGUUCAGGCACCUUCCUGUACAACGUGUUCUCGACAAGCCUGAGCAUUGCUGUCGGUCCUGUUCCUGAGCGGCAUGGUCGUGUUCCCGAACCGCAAGAAGCGGGUUGGCCUGAUGACCUUUUAGGAGAUGCUCAGUUUUGAACCAAAACUAUUCUGGUUGUGAUAUCAGGAUUAUAUAUAUAUUUUGACAUUUAUUAAGUUAUAAGCUAGACCCCUUUG